AUGGCUCAAGUGGGCGUAUUUAGUAAAGAGGUCCUGAACCAACCUGAAGGUAUCUUGCGUUAUGAAGUUUGUGGAAUGAGAUUUGAUUUAGCACUUCAUUUGUUUUAUAAGCAUGCAUUUAGAAGUGACUCCGCUCCAAAAGAAUAUGGUGCUCUUUCAACAGAAAUUGUUCGUACAGUGGGCAUGCUUCCCUUGGCCGUCGCGGUGAUAGGGUCCAAUCUUUUUGACUGGGGCAAAGAUUUGGAGCAUUCAGAUAAAAGAGAAGUAUGGGACGAGACACUAAAGAAGUUAAAGGAAGGUCCUUUUAAGGAUGUCCAAGAUACAUUAAUGAUAAGUUAUGAAAGAUUAGAGGAUAAGCACCAAGAAAUAUUUUUGGAUAUUGCUUGCUUUUUCAUCACUACCGACAAAACAUAUCCGGUUAUCAUGUGGAAGGAUUGUGGAUACUUUCCCAGCAUUGCAAUGAGGGUUCUAUCUCAAAGGUCCUUUAUCAAAAUUAAAGAGGACAAUAGAUUUUGGAUGCAUGAUCAAGUUCGAGACUUUGGAAGGUACAUUGUUCUUCAAAUAUAUCCUCGCAAGUUUUGUAGGGUGUGGAUUCCCAAGGAUGCCCUGAAACUACUGGAAGGAAAAAGCUCUGUAAAACGUAUGUUGCAUGCUCAAUAUCGAGUUUGUCAUGUGCAGAGAAAUGAAGAUGUGGAAGCACUAAGCAUGACUUCCGAUGGCUGCAGCCGUAGCAUUGAAUCUAAAGAAUUAGUUGCUCUACCAAAUCUAAGGUUCUUUCGAAUGAAAGGCAUCGAUAUUUUGGGCAACUUCAAGAACCUUCUUUUGGAGCUAAGAUGGUUUUCUUGGGAAAUUACGCAUAAGGAAUUUUAUGCAAAGAGUUUUCAUUUUCCUAAUUUGGUUGUGCUAGACCUUUCAAGAAGCAAUAUCGAAGAUGACUGGGGUGGAUGGAGUCAAAUGCAGAUGACUAAAAAAUUAAAAAUUUUGGAUUUAACGGAUUGCACAAAGUUGACGAGGACACCUGACUUCUCUAAUUUCACGUCUUUGGAGACGUUAGUACUUGCUCGAUGUUCCAACUUAAUCGCAAUUCACCCCUCCAUUUCUAAGCUUCAACUCCUAGAGACUUUGAAUGUCAAAGGGUGUGGUUCUCUUCAGGAGUUGCCUGAAGAAGUCAGUUCUCUACAAUCUUUGAAGCAUAUCAUCAUGCCUGAAAAUUUUCAACCCUUGAAGCUUCCGGAGAGAUUUGGCAACUUGAAAUCUUUGUUGAGUCUUAGAUUAAGCCUGCACCCCAAAAUGUGCCGACUUCCAGACUCAAUUGGAGGGGCGAUGAAUAUUACAUGCUUAACUUUACGCGAGUGCGUGGGGAUAAAGGAACUUCCAAGCUCAAUUGGGGAAUUAAAAAUGUUGGAAGAGCUGGAUAUAUCAAACUCAGGCAUAGUUGAACUACCUGAUCUGAUCGGAAACUUAAAGAAACUAAGGGUGUUGGCACUAAGUAGAACGAAGAUAAAGGAGUUUCCCCAUACUAUUGGAGGACUGGAGAUGCUUGAAGUUUUAGAUGCCCACAAAGCCUGGGAUCUGACAGAUAAGAACUUGGAGGAAAUUGGGAAGCUAUUUCAUUUGAAGACAUUGAUCUUAGCAUUUACUAGUGUUUCUAGACUGCCUCCAGAGAUAAGUCGUCUCCAUCUCCAAAAACUUGAUGUAGGUUCAAUUGACCUUCAACAAGUGCCGUCUCUUCCAUCAAGUUUGAAAUUCCUUGUGGUUCAAGCUAUGGACUUCUCUGUUGUCCCUCACCCCUCAAGCAUCACCGAUUUAGAACAACUGGAAUUAUACAGAUUCAGCGGGACUAUGACUCAAAACUUAAAGCAGCUUUGA